GUAGGUUCCAUCUCAUCAUUUCUUCUCCACGAUCGUGAAUUCCAUAGUCCUCAGAUCACCCUUCAGUGUUUGUUCUCUACUUUCGCAUUCAGCCCAAUAACUUUUACCCAGCCAAUCACAAUGCCACGCGCAGUCAGAGGGGUUCUCAUCGAGUGCGACCCAUCCGUCAAAGCCAUCAUCCUCAAGUACGACGAAGAAAGACACGACUAUAUCGUGGAAGACCUAGACGAUGACCGUCACCUCGUGAUCAAGGAGAGCCAGCUGCAGAAUCUCAAGUACCGUCUUGGAAAGGAAUUGGAUGACAAGGUCAUGCAGCCUGACGAGUCGGAGUCGGAAUAAACCAUCAUCAACUCUGUCAGCUUUAGGAAAACCGCUUCCUAUGUUCUAGACUGGCGACCCCUCCCUUUCCGCCACCUUCGGUACUACACACUUCCUUCGCGUGAGGUAGAGCUGUCUAUUUCGGUAUUUUGGGUGGGUGGAGCAAUUGCGUCCGAUUGCUUGCUUAGUGAUACCCAUGUUGGGUUUGUUACACUCGCGUAAGCAGGGGAAUCAUCUAGAUACCCGGGGCGUAGGGGUCUGCCUUUUGAUAGCAUAACUCAUGGGAAGCUGCACGCGUGACGUCAUACUAAUCAAUUUUUUGCUCCUGCUGGGUGUACAGGACUGUGCUUGAGCUUGACAGGGAGUGAAGGAAGCAGCCGUUGUGUGAUCUCAUCUGCUUGGGUCAUGGUGACAUUGUCACUGCCGACCAUGCGCGUUCGACGUCACGUGACCGCGGAAGCUGCUAGAAGCCACUAGCUAUAUCGAGCACCAACUGGUAUCAUCAGCAAGCACCUUCGCCAACCUUCGAGACAUCUCCAGAUACGCCAGGAUAAUUUGUUUGUGAUACCCUGGCAGUUUCUGGAAUCAUGCCUCUCAGGUAUAUUAAGGGGGACCAGCCCGUGGAGUUGAUCCCAUCCAUCAACAAGAAACAG